AUGGACCAGGCUCAAUACGACGCGAUCAAGGACAAUUGGGGGGAGGUUGAGGACAGAGAUGGCGUCAGACUCAGUUGGAAUGUCAUUCCAUCGACGCGCAUGGAAGCAAACCGACUGGUGGUCCCCGUGAGCUGUUUGCUCACUCCGCUCAAAGAACUGGGCAAACCACUACUUCCAUAUGAGCCAGUUACCUGCAAGGCGCCAUGUCGGGCGGUCCUCAACCCCUUCGCUAACGUCGAUGUUCGGGCUAAACUGUGGAUCUGUCCCUUCUGUCUGCAACGCAAUCCUCUACCUCGUCACUAUGGAGAUAUAAGUGCCGAGAACAUCCCACCAGAGAUGCACCCCGCGAACACCACUGUCGAAUACAAACUGGCCCGACCUGCUCCUGCUCCACCCAUUUUCGUCUACGUGGUGGAUACUGCGAUUGAGGAGGAUGGCUUGCAAGCGUUGAAGGAAACUCUGGUCAUGAGCUUGUCAUUGCUCCCUGCGAAUGCGCUGGUAGGACUGGUCACAUUCGGAACCAAUGUUGCCGUGCAUGAGAUUGGCUAUACCGAGUGCCAGAAGUCAUACGUCUUUAGGGGCAGCAAGGACUAUGCCGCAAAACAGGUUCAGGAAAUGCUGGGCUUAGCUGCACCCGGCCUGAGACCUAAUAUGCCACCGGUUCAAGGACGUCCACCUCCGCCUAUGGGUCCUGCAGCCCGAUUCCUCCUUCCAGUUCAGCAAGCUGAGUUCCAGAUCACCAAUGCGAUUGAGCAGCUACAAAAAGACCCUUGGCCUGUCGCAAACGACCGCCGGCCACUUCGCGCUACCGGAGUCGCGAUGAGCAUCGCGGUCGGCUUGUUGGAGACGUCGUUCCAAAAUGCCGGAGCCAGAAUCAUGCUCUUCGCUGGUGGUCCGGCCACUGAAGGGCCCGGUAUGGUCGUUGCCCCAGAACUGCGUGAGCCAAUUCGAUCACAUCACGAUAUCGACCGUGAUAACGUCAAAUACUUCAAGAAGGCAAUCAAAUUCUAUGACGGUCUUGCAAAACGCACUGCCCACAACGGACACAUCAUUGAUCUAUACGUUGGCUGUCUCGACCAAGUGGGCCUGCUUGAAAUGAAAGGACUGGCGAACUCGACUGGAGGUCAUAUGGUCCUGACCGACAGUUUCACCUCAUCACAGUUCAAACAGUCCUUUGUUCGAGUCUUUGACAAAGAUGAAAGCGACAACCUCUUGAUGGGAUUCAAUGCAUCUCUUGAAGUGGUUACCACGAAAGAGCUCAAGGUAACCGGCCUCAUCGGUCACGCGGUGUCCCAGAAUAAGAAGUCUAGCUCUGUCGGCGAGACAGAAUGUGGUAUCGGAAACACCUGCCUCUGGAAAAUGUGCGGCAUUGAUCCCACAUCCAGCUACGGCAUCUACUUUGAGGUUGCCAACCAAGGUGGUCCAGCACCUAUGCAGCAAGGCCCGCAACGGGGCAUGAUGCAGUUUUUGACGUAUUACCAGCAUUCUUCUGGGCAGUAUCACCUACGCGUGACCACUGUCGCCCGCAAUUUGAGCGGACCAACUGGCGACCAAGCACUGGCACAGUCUUUCGACCAGGAAGCCGCUGCUGUGCUUAUGGCAAGGAUUGCGGUCUUUAAAGCAGAGGUUGACGAUGGGCCCGAUGUCCUCAGAUGGGUGGACCGAAUGCUCAUCAGGCUCUGCUCACGGUUUGCAGACUAUCGCAAAGAUGACCCAACGUCCUUCCGACUGGACAAGAACUUUACCCUCUAUCCUCAAUUCAUGUUCCACCUGCGCAGAUCACAAUUCCUUCAGGUAUUUAACAACUCGCCCGACGAGACGGCAUUUUAUCGACACGUGCUCAACCAUGAGUAUGUGGGAGAUUCACUGAUCAUGAUCCAACCCACCUUGGACUCUUAUGGUCUGGACCAUGAAGGUGGCCAGCCAGUCUUGCUCGACUCCGCCUCCAUCCAGCCACAGACCAUCCUACUCCUCGAUACUUUCUUCCAGAUUCUCAUCUUCCAUGGCGAAACUAUGGCAGAGUGGCGUAAAGCCGGCUAUCAGGACCAAGAAGGUUAUGAGAACUUCCGGGCAGUUCUUGAUGCACCAAAGGAAGACGCACGAGAACUCGUACAGGACCGAUUCCCUCUGCCGCGAUUUAUUAUUUGCGAUGCUGGAGGUUCACAAGCCCGGUUCCUCUUGUCGAAACUGAAUCCUUCAACCACCCACGCGACUGGUGGUUACGGCGGAGUUUCACAGUCUGCCCAGACGAUUUUCACUGAUGAUGUGUCAUUGCAGACAUUCAUGGACCAUCUGAUGAAGUAA